UGAGAGAAAUACAAACCCACAUUUCACAUCUGUGCAUGUGUGCACAUGCGUGCGCCUUAUAAAGCUGGUCGAAAACUGUGAACAGGAGAUCAGAAAAAGCUAAGGUUAGAGGAACCGAGAGCUGCAGUCGUUUUGGGUAAAAAAAAAAAAAAAGUCAAACAAAAUCUAAAAAAGGUUUGUCUGCAGAUUCCCUGAGCUUGAAACGGUGAGAAGAAGAAGAAGAAGACGAGGCUGAAAAAGUGCUGCACCUGUUCUCUGUGUAGAAGACAAAAAGGCUCGCCUAGAGUUAAAAAGAGCAUAAAAGAAAGAAACUGAAGGUGAGAAGCCGAGAGAAGAGACCUGGUACUUGGGAGCAUAGUUGGUGUCAGGGGAAAAGAAGAUCUAGAGUAAAGCUGUGAUGGAUAGCCUACAUGUCUAUCACGGACCCAUCGGUAAGGAGGAGGGCGAGCGACGGCUAGCCCAGGACGGGAGAGACGGCUCCUACUUGGUCCGAGACAGUGACUCUGUGCCGGGCGUCUUCUGCCUCUGUACCACUGCUGGCGUGCAGAAGAGGUAUUUCCGGCACAUCAAGAACUUGAUAGCAGCUUUCCAGAAGGACGGACAGGGACUCGCCAUGCCUCUGCUCUUCCCCGUCACCGCUCAGAGCCGGGCGCAGGCCCCCACGCAGCGACAGACUCCCGGUGACAGCCCCACGUCUUAUCUCCAGCGGCGUGCGACACCUGUCGCUCAGGGACAGAAAAACAAGGAGGUGCGGCAAGCUUUCGGUUAG